AUGCUUCAAAAAAUCGAUCCAGCUCCUUCGGUGUUGGUAAACUAUUUGAAGACUGUUAACACAGAUGUUGAAACUAGUGUGUUGUUACCUCCUACUAUUGGUCCUUCGAAGAAGACGAGAGGAUCAAAGAAGAGUACUGUUGAGAUUCCUUCGAAACGAUCACCUACCAAAGCUACAAAGGUUGUUAAACCUAAGAAGCAAGAUCACAGUGAGCCACCUUCGAUUGUCGCCAUGAAACCUGACGAAUAUCAACAAGAAACUAUUGUUUUACCUUCGAAGUCUGGUGUUUUGAAGAAAGUGAAAAAGAUGGCUCACAAACCAUCUUAUUCAUCUAAAAAGUCACAAAGCUUUUAUCCUACGUACAAAGUAAAAACUCAGAUUAAUCUCAAAAGGGUUAUUUUUCAAGAAGUCCAAGUACCGGUUUCUCCCGGAUCAAAGAAAAGAUCAGUAGAAGACAUGGCAAAACAUCUUUUGAAAAAGCAGAAGAAGAAACUUCGAAAGGCGAAUGCCGAGAAUACUGUACCUUCUACUAAUCCUGUCAAAACAUAUGAUGCUUCAAAGAAAGUUUCUACAGUAGAGAAGAUAGUUGUUACCAAACCUCUGGUGUGA